AUGCUGUCCGCGACAGCCGCAAAGGCCAAAAAGGCUAAUGCCACAGCCAACCUCAAAUCCAAGGUUAACAAGGCGCCCGCCGGCACUGAGGAGGUUGAUGAUCAUCCCGAAAUUGUUGAGGAUGAGUCCGACUUUGGGUCUGAGCUAGAUGGGGAGGAUGAGUCGGCCGGUUCAGAUGAAGAGGAGGAAGAUGAGCACGAGGAUGAGCACGAUUCAGAUGAAGGCGUUUCAGACGAAGAUGACGACGAGCAGAACCAGAGCGCCGGGUCAGGCUCAGACGAAGAUUCAGAUUCCGACUCGCUAGAUAGCAACGCCCCAAGGAAACGCCGUCGCACAUCACCCACCAUCGACGAUAUUGUUGCUCAAAUCGAAGACGAGGAAGAGGAUGACACGCCCGUCGCCCCCGUCAAGCCUGUCUUCAACAACGUCCCAUCCCGCAUCAAGAAAAAGCAACCUGAGGCACCCAAGACAGAGAAGACUGAAGAGACAGCACCUACCACCCCAGUACCAGAGCCUGCCAGCACAGUUUCGGUUCCUAUCGACGCCAACACCACCUUCGACGCACUCAAUGUCCGCCCAUGGCUGGUCCAGUCGCUCGCCAACAUGGCCAUCAAGCGGCCAACCGGCAUUCAGAAGGGUUGUAUACCCGAGAUCCUUAAGGGCAGGGACUGUAUCGGUGGCAGUAGGACAGGUUCGGGUAAGACGGUAGCAUUUGCCGUCCCCAUUCUCCAGCAAUGGGCUGCCAACCCAUCCGCCAUCUUUGGUCUCAUCCUCACACCCACUCGCGAGCUCGCGCUCCAAAUCAUGGAGCAAGUCAUCGCCCUCUCCCAACCCCACGUCCUCAAAGCCGUCCUCAUCACCGGCGGCUCCGACAUGCGCAAACAAGCCAUCGACCUCGCUAAUCGGCCCCAUCUCGUCAUCGCCACCCCCGGCCGUCUCGCCGACCACAUCCGCACUUCAGGCGAGGACACCAUCUGCGGCCUUCGCCGCGUCAAGUUCAUCGUGCUCGACGAAGCCGACCGCCUGCUUGCCAACAGCGGGAAGGGUUCCAUGCUGCCCGACGUCGAAGAGUGCUUCUCCGUCCUUCCCCCUCCUUCCGAGCGCCAAACGCUGCUCUUCACCGCCACCAUGACGCCCGAAGUCAAGGCCCUUUCCGAGCGCCCGCCCAUCCCCGGCCGCGCCCCCGUCUUCGUCUGCGAGGUCGACACCCAACGCCUCGCCAUCCCCGCCACCCUGCGCCAGAUGCACCUUCAGGUGCCCGUCACCCACCGCGAGCACUACCUGCACAUGUUCCUCCUGACGCCCCAGAACGUCGACAAGUCCGUCAUCAUCUUCUGCAACCGCACCAGCACCGCUGACUUCCUGCACCAUUUGCUCCGCCUGCUCGACCACCGCGUCACCUCCCUGCACUCCAAGCUCCCCCAGAGCCAGCGUAUCGACAAUCUAGGCCGCUUCCGCGCCAGUGCCGCGCGCAUCCUGGUCGCCACCGACGUCGCGGCCAGAGGUCUUGAUAUCCCCGAGGUGAAAAUUGUGGUGAACUACGAUAUCCCCCGCGAUCCGGAUGACUACAUCCAUCGUGUCGGUCGUACGGCGCGUGCGGGCCGCAAGGGUGAUGCGGUGACGUUUGUGGGACAGAGAGAUGUCGAUCUCGUGCUGGCGAUUGAGCAGAGAGUCGGAAGACAGAUGGAGGCGUGGACGGAGGAGGGCGUCAACCUCGAGACGAGAGUCAUCAGGGAGGCGCUCAAGGUGGUGGGUGAGAAGAAGAGGGAGGCGUUGUUGGAGAUCGAGGAGCAGAAGGAGGUCGGUGGCAAGAGGAAGAGGGGGAAGGAGAAGUUGAGGGCUAUGUAA